AUGGCCAGGUGGCGAGGCUCGACAUCCACCUGGGCGAGUAGGAGUUACCUUUGCCGCUUAAAAAGUAGUAAUAUGAGCGGCGUAACUAGAAAUCUCAUACUAGAUCACGCGAACUCGAAUCAGUUCCAGAGGCACUACCUAGGGCGCCAACUUGCGGUCGACUCGUACGCACUCAUCCGCGGGCUAGAACCGCAGAAUGCCCUAGCAGUGAUCGACAUUGAGAACCAGCUUGCGGGCCUUGGCUUCGUUGAGGAACCGGCUAUCCGGAAGUCUAGCCGUCCGAGACGCCCAGCCCAGAAACGGCUAAUGGACGCACUCACGGCUCCGGUCGAAAGCACAGUCGAGGGCCAGCACCGGCGAAUAGAUGUUGCCAUCUAUGCCGUGAUGGCCUAUUACGUCGUAGUGGAAGGACCGGCUAAGACGGUCGUUAUACAGAAGACGGUCGUUAUGCAGAAGACGGUCGUCGUGCGGCUGUGUUGCCUAGCGCUCCGCUUGGAACCAGAUGACCCUUGCAUCGAAGAACUCAAGUACGAAUUUUACAGUGCCGGCGACUUAAACCACAAGAUACAUCUCCAACGCCAUGCCCUUCAGAUCCAUAGCACGGUAUCCUAA